UAAAGAUAACCUUUCACAGAUUUUCACAGUAUAAAGACAUGAGGGUAUAAAGAUCAUACACCUUUAUGCAACCUUUCACAGGCAACUGCCCCAUGUGUUGGGUCAGUGAGCGGAGGCAGUCCUCACAAAACCCAACAGCCUCAUGUGGUGAGGACUUGCGCACCAAGCAGCAGCUGGGAUACAUCGUGCAGCUGAGCAACUUGGAAGGGAAGCGCUUCCUGAAACUUCGGCUCUUGGUCCAGACGGAGUUCGAGCCAACGAAGGUCCGAGCGCGGAUCGAAGCCUGUUGGCAAAAGCAGCUUCGAUGGAUCUUGGAGGAGUUGGAGGAGGAAGAGUUUCAUCGACAGAAAGAGGGCUUGGCCUCGAUCUUGGCAGAGGCUCCCAAGAACCUCAGAGAGGAGUUUUCUAGGCACUGGGCCGAGCUGUCACGGCGGCGCUAUGACUUCGGGCGGCGGCAGAAGAAGCUGGAGGAGGUCAGGCGAGCAGAGCUGGAGGGCUUUCGCGGCUUCGUCCGGCAGCUGGAUUUGGCGCCGAGGCUCUACAUUGAGAUUCAUAGCACUCAAGAGUCCAAAGCCUUGGAGGCGGACGCCGCCCAAGCGGUGGAUCGCAGCUGGGAGGGCAUGGAGGCAGCGUACGCCUUCCGAAGCACAGCCAGUUGGCGUGAUGGUUCGUCCCAAGCAAGAUCAAAGCUGUGACAAAAUGC